AUGAAGAGCCCUGUGGCGUACGGGAAUCCGGUCAUGUUUGGUCAAGUGGAGUGGAAUCAUCACACUGCUGCCCCCCCCAUGAGGAGGGGCAAGAGCGUGGAGGAGUUGGGAGACGCAGGCUGGGCUAAAGAACAAGAAAGAUUAGCACAUCUACAACAUCUCCACCAUCUUCAUCAACUCCAGCAGCAGCAACAGGUGGGAUAUCCUGGUUAUGGAAUGGUGCAUCCUCCUUCACCUGGGAAUGUCAUGGUUCCGAGUCCGGUUAGCCCUAUUCAAGCUCCAGGAUUUCCGAUGCCAGUCCAUGGUGGUAUGGUGCAUGUCCAGCAAAUGGUGCCAGUUGGUUCGGUACCUCCUCCUCAAAUGCAUGUGCCACCUCAAUGGCCAGUUCAGCAAGCUCAAGUUAGACCAGUUGAGAAGUCUAAUAUCUACUACCAUCCCGGGUCAGAAAAUGGACACCUUGAUGUGAGGAUAUCGGAAUGGAAAGGAAAGCAUUGUUUUUACCAAGGUCCAGAGGAUUCCCAAAAUCAGGAAUACAACUCCAGAGUACAAACAGAGCGUGACAAUAUUAACUUAAGUUAUGAAGAUGCCAAAUACGAGGACGAUAGGAGGAGGAGAGAAGAUUGGGAUCGAAAUCGGGAGAAGGACCAUCAUAAAGACCGUUACGCACAUAGGAGGCAUUCAGAGGAUCUCAUUGACAGGGAAUUCAGUCGGAGAUAUGAUGAUCGCUAUAAUGAUCGAUAUGACGAUCACUAUGACGACCGUGAUCGGGAUUAUUAUGACAAUCGCAAUUACAAGGAACGUGAUGAUCGAAAUUAUAAAGAACAUGAUGAUUACUAUGAAAGGAGAGACAGGUACGCAAGAAGAGACAAAUACUACGACCAAAAAGAUGAGGACUAUUAUGAAUCGAAAGAAAGGUACAAAGAUCAUUACAGGGAGCGAGACAGAUACUAUGAUAAGAAAGAUGACUACUAUGAUAAAAGAGAAGAUGAACGUUAUGACUCUAGGGACAGGUAUAGUUAUAAUCAAAGAGGUGAGGAAUUUUCUAGUAAAAGACGUGGAUAUUAUGAGACUAGAAAAGAUGACUAUGACAGAUAUAGAGAGAUGGACAGGCCCAAUAGGUACAAAGAUCUAAGUGAUGAGAGGAGAGAAGACUACUACAGUAGCAGCAGGAGAAGGGACCCUUACAGAGAAAUGGACCUCUAUGAAAGAAGAGACCAGUACGACUAUGAUAGAGAAGAUCGGCACUACGACCCCAAAACGAGAGACAGAUACCGCAAUUUACGCUCCCUUUCUGACGAUUCUCGAUAUGAUGAGUACCCCCAAAAGGACGGCAAGAAAACCCACUGUGAAGAAUGGGUGGAACAGCAAAACAAGAAGCUGGCUUUGGGUGACUCUUUUGAGGAUCCAGGGGUGUACCGGACUGGCGAGGACAUAGAGAGGGGGUAUGAGUCCAGCACAGGGAGUACCAAAAGGGGGCGAAAACCGGUCUAUGUGGGGUCACUGGAUAGAAACAGCUUCUACAGGAAGACUGCCCCGAGCUCUUUGCGAAACUCCCAGUUCGCCACCACCAGGAAACAAAAGAAAGACAGGAAGUGGUGGUUAGUGUCUCACCCUGACCUCUGGAGAUCCUUGUCUAAUCAAUUUGACAAAAAUGCUGAUGAAGAAAGCACCCUCCCAGCUGUGAGUGAGUCAGUAUCACCUAUCUCCUCAGAGGAAGAUGUCAAGUAUGCGUAUGUGAAUGGACUUGAAAAACUGACACUUCUGUCAUCACAACCUAAACCACUAGACUCCCCUCUGGUCUCUGAUGAAGCCCCAGCUCCGAACACAGAGGCUGAGGAUCCAGAUGUCAGGAUGCUGGAGAAGAGGUCAAAAGUCAUCGAGGAGCUGCUUCAAACUGAGAAAGACUACAUCAAGGACCUGCAGAUGUGUGUGGAGGAGAUCAUAGAGCCACUACAACAGAAACAGGUGAAGAAUGUGGACUUUGAGGGUCUCUUUGGGAACAUCACUUCUGUAAUAGACCUAUCCCAGCGAUUGUUUGAUGAGCUGCAAGAGUCAGACUCGAUAGGGAAGGUUUUUCUCACCUUCAAAGUGGAGUUGGAGGAGGUCUACAAAAUCUAUUGCCAAAACCAUGACGAUUCCAUAUCUUUACUGGAGACUUAUGAAAAGAAUGAGGCAGUCCAGAAGCAUGUUCUGGAGUGUCUGGAGAGGCUGAGGGGCAUUUAUCGAGGCUGGGGUAAGACCAACUACAUAAACCUGGGCUCUUUCUUGAUAAAGCCGGUGCAGAGGGUGAUGCGUUACCCUCUGCUGCUGAUGGAGCUGCUGGGAGCCACUCCAGAGAGCCAUCACGACCGCACAGAGCUCACACAGGCUCUACAGGCUAUCAAGGAAAUCAACGUCAAUAUCAACGAAUACAAGCGGAGGAAAGAUCUUGUGGUGAAGUACAGAAAAACAGAUGAAAACACAUUUAUUGACAAGAUCUCAAAGCUGAGCAUGCACUCCAUCAUCAAGAAGUCCAACCGCGUCAGCAGCCACCUCAAGCAUCUUACGGGAAUCUCAACACAGAUCAAAGAUGAAGCAUUUGAUGAUGCUGAAAAGAGAUUCCGGCUGCAAGAAAGAUUGAUCAAAUCAUUCAUCAGAGACAUUUCUUUGUACCUUCAGCACAUACGGGAGUCAGCCUCUGUGAAGGUCUUGGCAGCCAUGAGCUUUAGUGACAUCUACUCCGACCGCAGUGUGCUGGCCCCUGAGAACUUCCAGAGGGCUCACCGCUCCAUCAGUGAUAAACAGUUCACGGAGUUUAAAGAACGUACCGAAGCACUGGUCAUCAGCCCUCUGAAUCAACUCCUGCUUAUGUUUGCUGGACCCCACAAACUCAUCCAGAAGAGAUUCGAUAAACUCUUGGAUUACGACAACUGCAAAGAGCGUGCCGAUCGGCUCAAAGACCGCCGCGUGCAGGACGAACUGCAAGUGGCACGAAACACCUACGAAGCACUGAACGCACAACUGCUGGACGAGCUGCCCAAGUUUAACACCGCCGCCGAUGAUCUGUUCAUCGGCUGUGUCCGGGCAUUCGCUCAAGCACAAAAAGACUUUAUGAAGACAACACUGGGAGAGUUACAGCCCCUCCUACAGUUUUCUAGUAAACUUGGUAAAGGAAACCUGAUCGCCAAAUUCCAAGAUGAACACAGCCUUGUUCUCCAGCUACUGCAAAGCUUUAGUUUCUGCCCUGAAAACCUUCCUCCUGCUGCUGCCACCACCACCACCACCAAAAAACCCUUUGAGAAGAAAACACUUGAAAAACAGACCUCGAAAAAACAACUACAUACUCAGCCUCCCAAAGUCCUGCAGACAGAUAAGCACCGCACAGAGCUGCUUGUGCGCUAUGGUCCAGACAAACUGUUCCAGGCCGACAGGAACUUUAACGCUGCUCAGGAUCUGGAUGUCUCUAUUCAGGAAGGAGAUCUCGUGGGGGUCAUCAAGCAGCAAGAUCCAAUGGGAAGCAACAAUCGCUGGCUCAUUGAUAAUGGAGUGACCAGGGGCUUUGUGUACAGUUCCUUCCUCAAACCCUACAACGCACGCAGGAGCCAAUCAGAUGUCUCCAUUGAGAGCCAGUCAUCCAAUGAAUCUGGAUACGGAGGCUCCUCCCCGGUUUUCUCACGUCAAAACAGCAACAGCACCUUAACAUUCAAUCAGGACACUGCCACCGUCAGCUUUUCUACAUCACAACCUCCAAAUCAGCCUUCACCACACCCCUCUCUAGAUUCAGAAUCAUCUAGAAGGAGCCACACUAGAGAUGCACAAGAUUUAGUUUGUCAAAGCAACUCUACGAACCCAUCUCCCAGGAAUUCAAGUCAGAAGGAGUACUCAAGUCAUCGCGAUGCAGAGCUUCCCUAUUGGCAUUCAGGCAAUCAUAGACACUCUUAUGAUGGAAAUCGUGCAAGUCCAAGUAAACAUAAGGAAGUGUCUGACCAAUCAGAGACAGACUCUAGUUCAUCGUCCAAUAGGAAUGGACAGUCGCGAUAUGGACCCAGUGAUAAAGGGUAUAAUUCUCACCAGUGGAGAAAUGUAAACAGCAGUGAAAAGAGGAAGCCUGCUGCCUACUCUAGAGAUGACUAUAUCGAGCCUGAGCCUGAAUCAGAAGCUGACGAUUUGGAUGGUCACCAGAUAUAUUAUGCACUCUACUCUUUUAAUGCCCGCUGUGCCAAUGAACUGAGCAUUUCAGCCAAUCAGAGACUGCGGAUUCUCGAGUUCCAGGACAUGAACGGCAACAGCGAAUGGUGGCUCGGUGAAGCAGACGGCAAACGGGGCUAUGUGCCUUCAAACUACAUCCGCAAAUCAGAAUAUACAUGAUUCUUAGUCCUCCAUGACUUCAUAAAACGAGCAAGGCACAAAAAAGACACUUGUCAUGAAGUUUGGACCUUAAGUGCUGCUGAAAUUAUAUACUCAUAUUUAUAGAGUUUUUAAAUAUAAUUUUUUUAUAUAACUGACACAUCUUACUCCAACCAGUUGAAAAACUUGUGAAUCUCACCAGAUGGUUGUCAUAAUCUCUGGAUCUUGAUAGUAUUGGCACAUGGGACAUUGCAAUGAAAUGUGAAUGUUUAUGGUUGAUCUGACUUGUAUGCAGAAUGAAUAAUGUACUAAAGGAGUUUUCUGCAUGUGGUGUAGAUCAUUACAUUUAUAAAGAUGUGGCGCAUUUAUAAUGUGUCUCUGUUCAGAUUUGAAGGCACUUAAAUUAUGUUUCAUUGGAUGAAAGUUUGAUGGUCAGGCCAUAGACAAUAUUUGGAGUGCUUUGAAAUGUGUAUGAAUCAUCUGAAUAAAAGCCAAGUAUUGUACACAGCA